CGACAAUCAACACAACCAUUCUUCCACCCUGUGAGCCAUGGAGACAUCUCGAGGCCUGAAAAUGGCCUCGAUGAACCUUUGCCGGUCUACCACAUCCUCGUUCCUGUCCCCUCUCCUUUCCGCUCCCCGAUCCACCAUCCGCUCCUUUUCUACAGUUCCCACGCUAUGGGCGCCCAGGACUUCCGCCAGCAAAGAGAAAGCAAUGAAGGAAAAGGCAAAAAGGCGAAGAAAGAAGCAUUCGACAUUUGUGCAAUAUGACUUGAGACAGAUGGAGCAGUUCAGCUUAUGUGAAGCAAUGCGCUAUAUCAAAGCGUUUGAAGUUCAGCGGAAUCCAGAAGUCCCAAAGUACGAUGUCGCCAUCAAAAUGCGGACGAAGAAGGACGGUCCUAUUGUUCGAAAUCAAAUCCGACUUCCACAUGCCGUCAAGACCGACAUCCGAAUCGCCGUCAUCUGUCCUCCUGGCUCAGCAGCUGCGACGCAAGCCAAAGCUGCGGGCGCAGUCCUGGUUGGAGAAGAAGAAAUCUUCCAGCGGGUCAAAGAGGGCAAGAUCGACUUCGACCGCUGCAUCGCCGUACCUGAAUCGAUGCAAAAACUGAACAAAGAGGGAAUGCCCCGGAUCUUGGGUCCUCGAGGAUUGAUGCCCAGUGUCAAGUUGGGCACCGUCGCCGAUAAACCAGGUCCGGUUGUCAGAAACAUGAUGGGAGGAAGCUUGUACCGUGAGAGACAGGGCGUGGUGCGCAUGGCAGUGGGUCGUUUAAGCUUCACGGCUGAGCAAUUGAGGGAUAAUGUCAGAGCAUAUGUGGCGGCUGUCAAGAAGGAUGCCGCUGGAUUGAGUGAUCAGGUUAUGAAGGAGGUUGCUGAGGUGGUUUUGAGCUCGACUAAUUCACCCGGCUUCUCGUUGAACGGAGACUACUACAAACCGGAGGAGGGAGCACCGACGCCCAAGGAUUUGUCUGUUGCUUAGAUAGGGUGAUCUCCUAAUGGCUGUACAUCAUGGGUAUAUGUGUUCAUACUACCAGAUUCAAAUGGAUCCACAAACGUCUCGACCAACAUGUCAACUCAUCCCAUGUCGAUCGACUCGCGAGCAGCCACCAAUUUUGCAUAUCAGCCUUCGAUUGAAGACCGAAGCUGGAGCAAUCUCUGCUUCACUUUGAUGUCAGGUUCGCGUUUGAUGGUGGUUUCUAAACUUGACACCAAGGACUCCUGGAUUUUUCGUAGUCUUGGAUCUUGCGCGAGAAUGAAGGGAUGUUGUGGGUUGUGAAUGUGUAUGAGGUGUUUUAUGAUGAGCAAAUCGUCGGUGCGCUGUCUCAGUCGAGGAGAGACGCCAUUGUCGUCGUCGUGGUCAAAUUCAUCAUCGCUGUCGUCAAGCGUAUCCUCCUCCCAGGUCUCGCUCCAUUCAGCAUCUCUGCUCCGUUGUAUCGAAGCGGUUUUUCCGUUUUGUUGGUCGGUCUUUGGUUUGGAUAUCCUCAAGUUGUUCUCCAGUUCAUCGAGUCUCUCCGCGAUCUCAAGUAAUCCUCGGCCUAGACUGGCCUCCUUUGCCAACGCCUUUUUCUGCUUUAAUAAC